GCUUUUUGAUGUUCUACAGGGGCCACCGUAUGUGUGAGGACGUCGACCUCACAUAACAUCCCAGCAUGCACUUCGAUCUUCUUUCAGCAAAAUGGCGUCGACAAUUCGAGCUCCCGUGUAUUGCAUUUGUAGACAACCUUACGACGCCGCACGGUUUAUGAUAGAAUGUGACACAUGCCAGGAUUGGUUCCAUGGAAGUUGUGUUGGAGUCAGAGAAGACCAGUCUGCUGACAUAGAGGAAUAUCAUUGCCCUAACUGUGAAGAUAAACAAGGACCUCUCAUUUUAAAAAAGAGACGUAACUGGCACCGACAUGAUUACACAGAGGAAAGCAACCACAGUAAGGCCGUUCAGUCUGGCACACUCAUCUUCAUCAAGGGUCUUAAGAACCGGACGUUCUCUGAGGGAGACGACAUCCUCCUAAGAUUACACGGCUCUGAACUGACAGAAUCUUACUUUGAGAAACACGGUUUCAUGCAACCUAUACUGGUUGAGAGCAAGGAGGGCCUUGGGUUGCAUGUACCUCCACAUUCAUUCACAGUGGCCGAUGUGGAAAAAUACGUCGGUUCAAUGAAAGAUAUUGAUGCAAUAGACGUCCCUCGUCAGAAUGAGUGUAAGAUGCCAAUGAGACAGUGGGUAGAAUACUACAACAGUCCCAAUAGGGAUAAAGUCCUUAAUGUUAUCAGCUUAGAGUUCUCUGGUACCAAACUCUCCAAUCUGGUUCAAGCUCCGUCGAUAGUCCGAGACAUCAGCUGGGUGGACAACAUCUGGCCUGAACAGCUCCCUGAGGAUUGCCAUUAUGGGAAGCCAGAGGUAUCCAAGUAUUGCUUGAUGGGCGUCAAGGACAGCUACACAGACUUCCAUGCUGACUUUGGGGGAACGUCGGUCUGGUACCACGUGUUAAGGGGAGAGAAAGUGUUCUUCAUGAUCAAACCGACACCGGAGAAUCUGAAGAAAUACGAAGAGUGGAACUCGUCUCAACGCCAGAGUGAAGUCUUCCUUGGGGACAGGGUGGACUGUUGCUAUAAGUGUAUUGUCAAACAAGGUCAUACACUUCUCAUUCCUACAGGUUGGAUUCAUGCAGUUUUAACGCCGGUGGACUCUCUUGUAUUUGGUGGCAAUUUUCUACAUAGUUUUAAUAUUCCGUUACAAAUUCAGAUCUACAACCUAGAGAGAAGGUUACAAACACCGUCUAGAUUUCAGUUUCCUUGGUUUGAGACGACGAUGUGGUUUGCUGCAAAACAUCUUUUUGAAAUUUUCAAAGACUACAAUGAGGACUCUAAGAAGCCUGCACCAUAUCUUAUACUAGGAGCUAAAGCACUCAGUGAAGCUCUCAAGAACUGGACAAGGAAGAGAGAGCAACAGAGAUAUAAGGGUGACUUACCCAACUUAAAGGUUCACCAGCAGGAGAUACCUGAGAGCAUACAGCACUCACAGCUCCUUAAGGAUCUCAACAAAGAAAUCAAAAUCCUUGAGAAACCACCCACAGUGAAGCUUAAAAAUAAAGGCAAACACAAGAAGAACAAGAAAGACAAGAAGGGCAAAGAUCUCAAAUCCAAGAAGGUCUCAUCCGACAAGAAAUCCAGCCUCUCAAAGUCCACAAAGGACAAGGACAAAAAGAGGAAAGGAAGUACAUCGAGCCGAACAGCUCUUCAAAAGGAGAAUAAUGGAAAGUCCAAGAAGACCAAGAAGAAGAAAAAAGGUGCAUCUGGUUCCUCGUCCAAGUCAGUGUCUGGGUCGACAGAGGGAGACUCAGACAGGAACCAAGGGAAGGCGGAUCAGAGGUUACCUGCACUUAUCUCACAUCCUCUAAUGAAAAAUCAACCCUACAGUGCAGAAUCCAGUAAUCACAAGCCGUCUCUGAAGAUGGUUUUUCCCAAGAAGAGUCUUGGGGAUACAUCGGGAACUGAAAGUGAAGACGAGAAGAGUAAGAGUAUUUCCAAGAGGUUGAAAAUCGUCUUGUCCAACGGAAAGAUCAUCAGUAGAGGAGGAUCACCGCUCCAUGAUGGUAGCCAGCGGGAUGGUUUCCAGCCUCUCUUCAAAGCUGGGAACAGCAGCCUGAGACAUUCAUCGAGCCAAGAUAUCAGCGAGGGAGAAGACAUCAUCGUGGAUGAUGAUGAUGCGACGUCAAUCAGGGACAAGAUGAUGCCACAAGGUCUGCUGAGGAGUAGAGAGAUGCUGACGUCUAAAGCUCCAUUGAAACUUAAACUAUCAUUCAACGGCAAGCCUGUUCUACCCAUUGGGUCCUCCUCUUCACAGGACAGCUCUACCCAGAACACAUCACAGCGUGCCAAAGGGAUGGGUUCUAGUUCCGAUUCAGACUCUGAAUCUGGAGACGUUCUUCCAUCUGAUAGAAGCCCAAGACAAUCAUCACCCUUCAACAACAUGGAUGCCCUAUUACAGGCGAGCCAAUGGGAUCAGUCAAGACCACUGCCUACAAUCAGUCUGGCUGAUAUCGAGGCAGAACUCAAGCAUCAGCCAGCUUCUCCAGGUACCCAGGAUGCAAUCCAGGGCAUGUUGUCCAUCUCCAUGCCAACUUCCAAUCUUGCCCUUAAUAGACAGUCUUCAUCGUCGCCGUUUGUUCAGCCGGGUAGCAAGAGGAAAAGAGAGAACUCCUCGGCUGAGGCUGAGGAGGAUCUACCUAACUGCUUCCAAGAUGCCAAAUAUAUUUAUCCCUCCCUUGAUGAUGAUGGAGAUGGUCCUCUCUUCAAGUCACGCAGUAAGAACCCCAAGAAGUUACCCAAAGACGCCCCUUGGAACCCUAAGGCUAAGGUGUGUAGCCUGACACCCCGUGCCCGGGUUCCCUCGAGGGAUAACGCCAAGAGACCUAACAUCGAGACGGGCCUCGCUGAUGCAGCUGCAAGACUUGCCACAAAGCCGAGACCAAAGAGACAAUACAUCAGGCGGAAACCUCUAGCUCCUCAACCGAAGUCACCCGACCCGUAUGACUUUGAUGACGAUGAUGAACCAUCUACCAGCGUGCUGUCACAAUCACUGGGUCCACUGCAUAUGAAAUCAGAGAAUGAUCUCCUGGAUCUAACACAGAGUGCUCCAACCUCAGUAUUAAGCAAUACCCCAAAGAUGGCAGACCCUUCAAAAGGAUUGAAGAAACCAAAGAAGGGAAUGGCGACGGCUAAGCAGAGACUCAGUAAGAUUCUCAAGCUGAAGAAGGGAGGCAGAUUUAUCAUGUGACCACGGUGUCUGAAAGAUUGACCUCUCACCCCUAUCUCUGUGAAGUUAUUUUUGUCACUCUGUAUUUUUGUGCAUUUUUUGUGUGUUUGGAAAUCAGUCAUAUUUCUGUUGUUAAUUUGUGACGUUUUGACCUCCUGAUCCAAUUAAAGUAAAGUUGUUUUUGUCCUCGGUUGUGUUUGAGACAUUUUGUGUUUUUGGAUAUAUUUUUUAAUUUGUCAAUUCCAUGUUUUCCAUUUCACCAGUAGAUACGGCCCUUUACUCCUGAACUUGUGGAAUGUACUCAAAACCAAAUGGCAGUAGUGAUAGGAUGGUUUUUUUUUUUUUUUUGGGGGGGGGGUUCAACUGAAGAGGGUACCAUGUUUUGUUUUGUUGGGGCACUACAUGUAUCUGGAUGUUUUCAUUGGGGAUUGAGGGUAGGGCCCCUGAUGGCUACAUUUCUGACGUUUGGCAACAGCCACAGCUACAAUUUUGGACAUGGAUCUAGUAACCUCAACGACCAAGAUGAUUGGCUGUAUUAGAAAUAUGAGUAGCCCAGUAAACAUUUGAACAAUUAAAAAAAUUACUUAACAUUUUUAAAAACGUCUUCCUGCAAUAGAACAAAAGUAUAAACUCGUAUUUAUCAAAAGUCUACACUGCCAUUGGAGGGAUGGGGUACAGAACACAGUCUAAAGGGCUUUUCGUUUUAUUGAAACUAAUUGCGUUUACUUUUCAAAAUGUGUUUUUAGUUCCAUUUGAGUGUUUGAAUUAUUGUUAAGCUUCCAACAAAACACAAUGUGUGUUUUUAGUCUAUGUUCAAAUCACUCCAGUAGGAUCACAUUCUUGUUGGGUUCACACAACGCAGGCAGUUUCCUAAACCUUUUCCAAAAUACUGUAAAUACAGAAGACCUUUUUGGGUCGUCCUAAUUUAUUAACUGCAGGGGGAAGUCUCUGACGCAUAAGAGAAAAUUGUUAAAGUUUUCAGUCAUUUUGUAAAUGAUACCUCUGUUGUGUACAGCUGUAGAUUUUGUAUAAAUUUGGUACAUGUGAAGUGAAAUGGAGUCGUCUUUGAAAGAGCUUCUUGCGUACAUUGUGUAUUACAGAUUUGUUCCACCAGUCAAUGAGUUUCUUUGGUUUCAGAACAGUUGUAUUUUUGGUCAGUUUAAAGGAAAAUCACGUCACUGGUAAUUGUUGUAUAUUUUUCGAGAAAAUUUUUGAUUUGUUGAGGUAGGGUUUGCUCCAUGAAAAAGGUAUAUACUUCACAAAGGAAGUUCCCUUAAAGCUCUUUGUCACUGCCAUGGAUCCCCUUGAAAUGUUCAAAUAAAAAUGUACGGUUCUCUCUUAAUAGGGGUGACUGCUCUAUAUUCUGUCAUCCCCUAUGUUCCGACAACUAUGUGAGAUUUAUUCACUAGGUUUAGGGUUGGUGUUAGGUUUAAGGCUAAGAAAAUAAACUAAGUUUGAUGUGUCAUUGGGGUGUCAAAACACAGGUAACCGAUAUAGGUGCUCAUUACAUAAAACAAAAGUCACUGGGCCAAAUUUCAAACUGGUGAUAAAGCACACGUAUUAGCCAAGCAAAAAAUCGUUGUGCUUACUAGAAAUACAAUUUUCGACUGGUUUCUGGCUUAUUUUUGCUUAGCAGAUAUUUGUUGGGCAGUAUUUCCAACGGCUCUAUAAAUUUAUGCCCUGGCCUUUAAACAUCCUCCCUAUUGUUGGUUUCCGUAAGUUGGUUGCCUUCAAUGUUUCCCGUUAUCAUUUAAUACUUAAGGGAGCGGUAUCUAUCUUCCAGUGAAUGAAUUUUGUCUAUAUUGUUUACUUCCUACUGUCAUAUAAUGCAGAACCCUUUUCCAUCAAAAUAAUUGGUCAAGUGCAAGUAAAUAUUUCAAGAUGUGUGCGCAAUGAGCCAUUUGUGAGUUUUUAUUGAUGAAUGUCCGGUGCAAUGACUUGAUUGGUCAAAAGUGAACGAUUGAAUUUUAAUCCAGUUGAGCUCUAUGGGUUUUAUUCUUUGGUGAUGUUUUGGCCUGCAAUUUGUCUUUAUUCCAGAUUUUCAUGACCAAGCAAUUUAUUGUGACUCCCACUCAAAUCUGUUACUCACUUUGGCUGGUUGAAGCUUUCUGUGUAAAAUCUGAACUUUGAAGCUGUUUUUUUUUGUGCCCUUAAGCAUAAAUUCCCACUGAAAUGCAGAGUACCAUUUUAAAUUAUAGCUUUUUAUUUUGAGUUUUGAAUUGACUAGUGCAGGAUUUGCACCAAUGACCUCCGGUUUAACAAGACGACGCUGUACAACUGAGCGAUCUUAGCUCUAUGUUGGCGGUAACCCUAAGUUUUUAUGUUAUCACUUUCUUUAAUAUUGAAAUUACUGCUUUGAACCAUUCACAAAAAGUAUACAAGACGUACUGUUUUGGCUGGUACCGGUAACUUGGCCUUUCUGUUUAACCAACAUUUUUAAUGCUCAGUUAAUUUCCAUGCCCCAUUUCAUAAACUAUAAAACAUGUAAACACAAAAAUCUGCUAAGCACUGAUAAAUCUUGCUUUGACCAAGGUGUAGGAACUGCUCAUGGGGAUGGACACAGCAGCGAUGAUUGGUGCUGGUUAUUUUUGUUUUUUUAAACAAUAUAAACAACAAAAUUUGAUUUUAAUGUCUGAUGAUUCUCAUUAAAUCCUGUGUACAGUGUACAUAAUUAUUGUUUUUGUACAUAAAACUUGCGGAGGGGAAAAGUAUCCAAGUCUGCCUAAAAUUAUAUCUUUGCAGAGAUUCUUUAAUGAUAUCGAUAAAA